GUUUAAAUGUGUUUUAGGUGAGUAAGGAAGAAGACACGGUGGUAUGUGUCAGCACCAAGAUGCUUAUAAAAUAUAGUCACCAUUACAAACAUUUGCUGAAAAAAGGGGAUUUGGAAAAUCAAUUCUAGUGUUCCUGUCUCUCGACUUUUCUUAUUCUUGCUUAGAGAAAGAGAAAGAGAAAGAGAAAGGGGAAGAUUCAUUCCUUCAUAUCUUAAUUUUGAACUUUUAAACAACAAAAAUAGUGUAUAAAUUGGGAUUUCUACUUCAGAUCAUUAAACCAAAAUGUUAGAAGGAAAAGGUGUGAUUGAAGAUACAGAUAUGCCAGUGAAGAUGCAGAUCCAGGCUAUGCGUUGGGCUUCUCAAGCUUUGGAUGUUUAUGAUGUUUUGGACUACAGAUCCAUUGCUGCUCAUAUUAAGAAGGAGUUUGACAAGAAAUAUGGGGGUGGCUGGCAGUGUGUGGUGGGAUCAAAAUUUGGAUGUUUCUUCACUCAUACUAAAGGAACAUUUAUCUAUUUCACCUUGGAGACUCUUAACUUCCUCAUCUUCAAAGGAGCCACUUCUACUUAAUGAGCUUUUGAUUGUGAAAACAGGACUUGUAAUUACUCUUUAGCUUAAAAUUUUCAUUGUUAUGACUUGUGGGAAUUUGUAAUUUUUUUAGCCAAUUUCCGCAUGCACCAGAUGCAAGCUAGUAGUUUAUAUUGCACAAGUUAAAUGAGAUGAAUAUGGGCAUAUCUUGUUUCCC